GCAGCCACCUACCCAAACCCUAACCUCCCUUGCAUUCCUCCUCCUAACAGCGCCUGACCCUCCCGUCGAUCCCCAUCUCCCUCCCUAAGAUCUCGAUGUGCCGCCGCCCCACGCCACCAUUGACGACCACGGCAUGGCCACGAUGCCCUGCAGCGACCACAUACGCAGCCUCCCAUCCCCCUCCCUUCCUCCCCUCCCGCUCGCAACUCUCCUGGAUGCGGUUCCUAACUGAUGCGCUCCUAUCCUCUCCAUGGGUGACAUGCAGGGCUCGCGAGGGAACAUCGCACGGAGGAGGCCUCUUGAGGAGAAGUGGGAGGAGCCCGAGCGUCCCCGCGUGCAGCACGACCAGCGCUAUGAUCGAGGAAGAACGAGAAGAUGCGGCGGUGCGAGGCCAUCAAGCAGCAGCACAACCAGCUCCGGCGCGGCGACGGGGCGGAGCAGGGCACCUCCGACAAGGUCACGAACGCCAAGCGGGGUGAGAAGGACUGGCACCGGAGCUCCGGCGGCACGCAGCCGGCUGGGAGUGGUAGAGGCCGGCACCGGCAGCCGUCCCUGGAGAGCAUCUCCGAAACCGCGGCGGGCGAGAGCAGCAACAACAACGUUGUCUCUGAAUCCACUUUCAUGAGGUGUGGGUUGCCUUUGGUUGCUCCUACUCGUUGGUGGUUUCGGUUCAACGUGAACUGGCCGGUUUUGUUCAGCUUCGAGCUGCCCACCGCAGAGUGGGAGGACGACACGCCCGUGCACAUUGAGGCUGGAUCAAGUAACAUGAUGCACUGCGGCAUACAACGUCCUAUUUUGUUGUAGUGGUACUAUAUAUGGUCUCAUCUAGCACUGAGUAUCCAUAUGUUGUUUUAAUCAUGAUGAUGAUGUUGUAGCAUAAAGUGGACACCAUAUUUGGUUUGUCUUUUUCUUUAUCUCUGGUGCUUUCUUAUUUGAUGCACAUUGUUCUUUGCAGGGCUAUGAUGAUAUUUCCAAGGAAAUAUGUUGACCCUGAUGUGUCAACGGUGCCCAAUUGCCCUUUCUUAAACAAUUUUACUCUCUUUUGUGUUGUUCCUGUAUAUCCAGUUUCAGAUUACUGGUGUUUCAUACCAUAUUCAUCAAUCCUGCUACAUGCUUGAUGAUUGAGUAACUUGAGUAGUAUUGAUGCCACCGUCCUAUCUCGGUAAACUGUAUGUUUUUUCAGUAGCAAAAAAAUAAAGUAAAUCUCCUAUAUCUUGGUAUUCUAGAAUUUUGGUGCCUUACAAAUGUUUCUUUAUGUCGUGCUUUAGCUUGCAAACCUGAUUUUUUGUUGUCUAUUCUCAUUUCAAUUUUGAAACAUUUCAAACUCCCAUGUGCCCCCAUUAUCGACUACAUCUAUAUGCACCUUAGUAGUAAGAAAUACAUUGGUUAGGUUUCAGCUUCAUAUCUUCUCAGGUUUAACUAUUGGCUUACAUUAAAACUGUUGCAAGUAUCAAAUGAGUGCAAAGUGUGCAAUUUUUCUAGUAAUCUACGCUCGCAUAAGUAUCAGUUUUCUUAUAAGGAAACUAUAUAGAUGGUUGUAAGAUAAGUUAAAACAUACUAGUGCUAUCGUGAUUUUCACACUACAUGCCAUUCAUUUCUUAGUUUUAUGUAUUAUAUGCUUCUGAUGCAUGAUCCUUUGAAUGCCAGGUUAUUUGUUUUUUGGAAAUUGGAAGACGAUGAAGCAUGGUGUUUAUCUAUCAAUCAGCCUCUUGUUCUGAUUGUAAUCUAUAUCUAGUUAUAUUGUAAUCAGUAGUAGUCAGAAUAUAUGUUUCUGUGAGUACUAUGUGAAGACUGUAAUUGGCUAAUUUUGCCUAUCAUUUCAAGAUUUAGUUAUGUUCCAUUUGAA